GAAGAGAAACUGGAAAAACAAGGAGUUGGAAACCAGACAAUUACAUUUUGGAAUUUUUUUUUUUUUUUUUUUGUGGACAUCAUCUCCUGGAUUUUCGCUUCCGUCAGAAUCCACCUGUCACCUGUUGCAGAUGGGAAAAUAGCACCUGUUUGGCUUCUGUGUGUGUUACCAGUCGGACCACCUUCAGCCUCUCCGCCACAGAGAAGAGGAUGGGAGCUGUUCACCUCUGUCUCGCGCUGGUUUUCCUGUCCUCUCCAGCGUGUGCCCAGUGGUGGAACUAUUUCUGGGCGAAGCCAAAACCCACCACUCUUCUUCCUGCCCUUACCUCUCCAACCAGCUCCCCCCCGGAGCCUUCCCCAACCCCGGGGACUCUGUCGGAGUGGGGAGAGGGGGAAGAGGAGGAUGCGGUGACAGCGAACCAUGUGGAGGACACCGGGACAGGGUGGACUGCGCCGUCCUCUGCUCCACACACCUCAGGGGAUUUAGUUUCCCACGACAAUAAGAAAACGUUGACAUCGUCUUCUAGGGCGAACUCAGGUGGAAUCACCAAAGGCAGGUCUGGGAAUAAACCACUGCAACAGUGGAAGAGUGAGAAAGCCUCAGGAAGUCAUCUGGACCUGAUGACUCUGAUUAGCAUCCCUCUGCCUCCCGCCGUCUCCUUCACUCCUGGCUUCCAGGGGUUUCCAGCGUACAGCUUCGGAAGCGACGCCAACGUCGGCCGACUCACAAGGACGGUUGUGCCCGGGCCUUUCUACAGGGACUUUGCCAUUAUUGUCACGAUGCGUCCGGCCACCCAGAGAGGAGGCGUCCUGUUUGCCGUCACAGACACCCAUCAGAAGGUAGUGGAGCUGGGUUUGGCCCUUACGCCGGUCCACGGAGGCCUGCAGCAAAUCGUUCUGUACUACACCGACACGGAGCAGGCGUCCCACAGCCACAAGGCUGCUGCCUUCAGCGUCCCAGACAUGACCGACCAGUGGACACGGUUCAGGUUGGUGGUGGACCAUAAUGAGGUGCGUCUUUACAUGGAUUGCGGUGAAGCUGAGAGGACGACUUUCCAUCGCCGGCCAGAGAAACUCACCUUUUCACAAAACUCCGGCAUUUUUGUUGCAAGUGCAGGAAGCACAGGCUUCGAUAAGUUUGUGGGGUCUGUUCAGCAGCUGGUCAUAAGGGAGGAUCCCAGAGCAGCAGAGGAGCAGUGUGAGGAGGACGAUCUGUAUGCCUCGGGGUACGCGAGCGGAGACGAUCCUCUGGAUGACAGAGAGACUGAGGUGGACUCCAGAAAAAGGGCAGAUGGCGUCAAACGGCCAGUCGUCUCUCUGAAGGCUGAGAACAGCUUCCCUGUUAAAGCUCCGCCCACUGUCUUACCAGAGGUGGAGCUUGAUGAGUAUUCUGGUCACAUGACUCCGACAGCAGCCAAUGAGGAUCUGCUGAUCGCAGAGUCGCAUCAAACAGAAGAGGCAGGAGAGCGACCUGGACACGUUCUCAUCAGGCCCGGCUUGAAAGGGGAACCAGGAGAUCGUGGGCCGCCGGGGCCGCCGGGGCCUCCUUGCUGUCCGGGACCUCGCUACACACACAAAGAGGGCCGUGGGAAACCUGGGCCACCAGGACCACAAGGAACUCCUGGAGCCCCGGGAACACCGGGGGUCGAUGGACAGAAGGGAGGCAAAGGUGAAAAAGGUGAAGUGGGUCAGAAAGGACAACAGGGACUUCCAGGUUUGAGCAGAGAGGCCGGAGCUAAAGGAGACAAGGGGGACCCAGGCGUUGGCCUGCCAGGCCCCCCCGGUCCCCCAGGACCCCCAGGGCCUCCCAGAUCCCGCAGUGUGCCGUAUGGACCAGAUGCCCUUGGUUCUGGCUUUGAGGAUCUGGACACCGAUACCAUUUACAUCAUGGGUCCAGCAGGUCCUCCGGGGCCUCCGGGACCACCCGGGCCUCCUGCGCCCCAGCUGUCAUCAGAACUGACCCCUUGCCACACUGGACCCCCGGGUGCACCUGGCAGUGAUGGACUUCCAGGCGAACAGGGAAUACCAAUAUUUGAGGAUGACUUAAGUGGCUCUGGGCCUUUUGGUUCAGCUCUGAGUCCAGAGCUGGCGUCAGUUCUCAAUACAAAACUCGCUACUGGUUCCGGUUCUGAUUUUAGUUCUGCCUCCGGUGUCGGUUCGGGUUCUGGGCUUGAGUCCGCCUGGGGCUCGGGCGAGGGUCCUGCAGGGACAGCUGGCUCCCCGGGCCCACCGGGGGGUGCUGGACCAAAGGGUGACCAAGGGAUACCUGGACCACCUGGACCAAAGGGUGAAAGUGGAGAUGUGGGCCCACCAGGGUCUCCUGGACUCCAAGGGCCUAAUGGUCGACCAGGAAGAAGGGGACCUGCAGGUCCACCAGGACCCCCGGGCCCACCUGGCCCUCCAGGAGCCAAAGUCCUUGUAGAGGACAUGGAAGGAUCAGGAAAGAGCGACUUGUUAAUUAGGACAGGAGUCAGAGGACCUCAGGGCCCUCCAGGCGUACCAGGACCCCCUGGACAACCGGGUGAAGACGGCGCCCCCGGAGUUCCUGGGAUUUCUGUCAAGGGGGAGCCAGGGAAACGAGGACCAGUCGGCCUUCAUGGCGUUGCAGGACUGCCAGGUGCUAGAGGGUCCAAAGGAGAUAAAGGCAGCCCAGGACCAAAGGGCGAUCCAGGUGCUGACGGGCUCAGUAUCAUAGGACCGCCCGGGCCUCCCGGACCUCCAGGACCUGCUGUAAACCUGCAGGAACUGCUCCAGAACGCUACAGAUGGGAUGUUAAACUUCACCGAGCUCAGAGGACCCCCGGGGCCCAGGGGCCCUGAAGGUUUGCCGGGACAAGCCGGAUUUCCAGGCCCUCGAGGACCAAAAGGAGACAGAGGCCCUGAAGGUAUUCAGGGAGCCACAGGAGAGAAGGGUGAAAAGGGCGAUCCUGGCGUGACAAUUGCUGCAGAUGGAUCUAUCUUGUCUGGACCGAGGGGCCCUCGGGGGCCAAAGGGCCCAAAGGGCGACCGGGGUUUCCCAGGACCCACUGGACCUGUGGGACCGACGGGGCACCCUGGUCAAAAAGGGGAAUACGGUUUCCCUGGACGCCCAGGACGACCCGGUAUGGUGGGGAGGAAAGGCGACCGAGGAGAAUCUGUCAGCCUGCCGGGUCCUCCAGGCCCUCCGGGCCCUCCAGGUCCACCAGGAAGAAUUCUGGGUCUAAAUGGAACAGUGUUCCCGGUGCGCCCCAGACCGCACUGCAAACUGGGACGAGAGUUGGCCACAAAGAGAGACUCUGUGGGACUUAAAGGAGACAAAGGCGACGAAGGGAUGCCCGGUGAGCCGGGAACGCCCGCAACCCCGUCGCCUGAUGCGGUAGAGGGAGCUAAAGGCGAUCUGGGGGUCAAAGGUGAAAAGGGAGAAAAAGGCGACUCGGGCCUGCCCGGUCCUCCAGGACUUCCAGGGAAAUCCGGACUUGUGGGUCCAAAGGGGGAGUCUGUUGUAGGUCCCCCAGGUCCGGUUGGUUCUCCUGGUCAACCCGGAGCUCCCGGGCUCGGAAAACCUGGACCCCGAGGCCCGCCUGGCCCUGCUGGGCCCCCGGGACCGGCCCCCGAUUAUGGAUCUGACGUCAGUGUCCCUGGUCCUCCAGGUCCUCCCGGUCCACCAGGAUCUCCAGGCUACGCUAACAUGGUGACGACCUUCAAGACCGUCAAGGCUCUUACCAGAGAGACCCAGAGAGCUGCUGAGGGAACCCUGGCGUACGUGUCCGAGAGAGGAGGAGAGCUGUACAUCAGGGCCCGCAACGGGUGGCGCAAAAUCCAGCUUGGAGAGCUGAUUCAAAACGGAGCUUCCUCAUCAGAAGCGUCUCAGGCUCUGAGCAGAGCGGGGGAUUGGAGCAGACCACAAAGAGUUCACAGCCAGGAACUGCAGGACGGCAGCAGGGGAUACCAGCCCAGCUACAAUAUCUUGCCACAGACCAUUGAGUCCGUACCUGGACUCCAUCUCGUGGCGCUGAAUGCUCCGCUCAAAGGCGACAUGCGCGGCAUUCGUGGGGCAGACUUCCAGUGCUACCAGCAGGCGCGUUCCGUGGGGCUUACCGCCACCUACAGGGCCUUCCUGUCAUCACACCUCCAGGACUUGGCGACCAUAGUACGGAAAGCUGACCGCAACAACCUGCCGGUGGUUAAUCUCAGGGGGGAAAUAUUGUUCAGCACUUGGGCCUCCAUAUUCUCUGAGAAUGCGGGCAUGUUCAACCCGUUGACACCCAUUUAUUCUUUCGAUGGACGCAACAUAAUGACCGAGCCAGCAUGGCCGGAGAAGCUGGUGUGGCACGGCUCCAGCACGGUGGGCACCCGCCUGACCGCCAACUACUGCGAGGCGUGGCGGACGGGCGACAUGGCGGUGACGGGCCAGGCGGCGCUGCUGCAGACGGGCCGGCUGCUGGGACAACACCCCCGCUCCUGCUCCAACCACUACGUGGUGCUGUGUAUAGAGAACACAUACGUGGGAAACACACCCCAAAGGAGAACCUGAAGAAACACACACACAUAUUAACACACAUGCAGGCAUGUUGAAAGUGGGAAAUAUGAUUGGGGGGAAAAACACAUUUAGGCACAUGAAACACACACAUAGAUACAUGUUGUUAUUGUUUUGUUUUUGUGUUUAGUUCCCACCUGAAAGGCGGUGUGAGACAGCAGCUCAACAUGUCCAUCCAUAUCUAGAGCUCAGUUAUUUUUGUAGUCUCUAACAGAGUAAAAAAUAAAAUAAAUAUAUAAUAAAAAAUAGGAAAAAAAAAAACAUUCUCAGUGUUUGAGGGCUGCCAGCUUUACGUUGUUUCUGGGGCUUCUUUGUUUUCCUGUUCUACAGGCAAACUAGUGGAGAAACGUAGCAGAACUGCUGUAAAAUAAACCACAGAGUCACUGGUCUGGUCUGAUAAGACAAAGUUUCCUUUUUCCUGUUUUCAAACUAAAGUGAAGUUUCUGACGAGACAUGCAGCGAUAUCGGACAAAAAGAGAAUCCUCAUGUAGGAUGACGACACAGUCAUCCUACAUUUAUAACUCCAAAAGUAAAAAACAAAAAAAAAAA